UUCAUUUUUUGUGGACAAAGAAUUUCCUACGUAUAUGGAAGACAUGCACCUGAAGGAUCUAUAAUAAAAUGCACUCGAAAUGGCUGAACUAAUGAAGAGAUAUUUAUGAUUUGGCUACAACAUUUCGCUCAUUGUAUUACACCAACAAAGGAGAAUCCAGUGUUGUUGGUGUUGGAUAAUCAUAGUAGCCACAUUUCAUUGUCAACUUAUAGUUUUUGUACGAAUAAUUACAUACAUAUGCUUUCAUUACCUCCGCAUACCAGUCAUCGAAUGCAACCUCUAGACGUAAGUUUCUUUGGACCUCUUAAGCGAGCAUAUUAUCGAGAAGCCAAUUUGUUUAUCAAAUCAAAAAACUUGACGAAAAUACAAUCUUCUGAUUUGCCAGAACUUUUUGGAAAAGCUUAUAACAGAAUUGCUUCUAUCGAUAAAGCUGUAAAUGGGUUUAAAGCAACUGGUAUUUAUCCCAUUGAUCCAUGUGUUUUCGAAGAUUCAGAAUUCGUCGUUGAUCAUCAAGUUAGUGCACAGGUUAUAUUUGACGAUUAUAUUCCUGUAGUAAGUGAGGAAACUUUAGUCGCUAUUGACAAUUCAACUGUCACAUUUGCAAUAAACAAGGAACUUGAUGCCAGUUCAAUUAUAAAUCAGCAUUGUAUUGAAAAUGAAGACAAAGAAAAUGAAAAUCUCUAUGAGAAUAAACACACUGGUCAGAAUGAAACUAAUAAAAACUCUGCAGUUAUUCAAGAUUUUAAAAUAAGCCUGACAGAAAUGUGCCCUUCGGCAAAAAAAUUGCCAAAUCCAUCUUCACAACAAAAUAGAGAGAAGCAACAUUCAGAAAUAUUAACUUCAUCACCUGUUCAAAAAAUGUUGGAAAUUAAAAAAGGAAAGAAAGAGGAAAAGGCAAGGCAUGCUGAACAGAUAAGGAUAAAAAAAGAUUUACAGAAAAAUAUUAAGAUGCAAAAAGAUGAGGAAAAGC